UGAAAAGUACUAAAGUGCCUGGCCUUACAUUAUCAGUGCUUGUUAUAACCGCACUUUUGUUUGUUUCAGGACUACGCUGCUUUAUCACCAACUUUUCAUAAUCUGAGGAUUUAUUUAAAGCCAUCACAAUGUUGCAGAAGAUUCGUGAUACCUUCGCUCACUACUUCCGCCAGUAUGAGCUCAACACAGCCAUAUACAUGCUGGAGCCAAGGGAGAAAAUGGCCAUGAACAUAUUCUUCUUCUCCAUUGUUGGACUCAUCACCUAUUCAUCGUUCAUCUACUUGCCCCACUAUACAUCGACAAUGCUUGCUUUCUUUGGCCUUAUAGAUGUACCGAGAGACUGAACGUCUUAGUAUCAUCAAUAAUCUCCCAUGCACCAUUCCUAUAGUCAAUAGCAGUGUGUGAUUUGUAGAUCUAAAGACAAAUUUUAAUCAUGUAGAAUUAUUUUGAUGUCAUGCAAUUUGCUUAUUAAGUUUUGUUUACUGUUGUACUAAUUGAUCAUCAUGACCUCCGAGGUGAAGCCUGUAAGGAUACUGACUAAGAGCGAACAGAAGCAGACCAUCAAGGGAGUUCAAAAACCAAAGAAAAACAUCAUUAAGAAUUACCUUGAGAGUCCAUUUGCACUGGAAUGGCCAAAGCUUACUCCUGAAGAUGAGGAAGAAGUUGCUGCUUUGCUGCGGAAGAGUUGCUCAGGGUUAAAGCAGCUCUACUCCAAACCUCCAUGGAAAGAGGUGGGAAAAUACAAAGGAGAUGAAAGGAAAGCAUUUUUAAAGGAACAUUACAAACAAUUCCUGGAAAAUUUGGAUCCAGACAGCAUCAAGAUGAACAAGAAAAGGGAGGAAGCUUUGUCUCAUAUGAUAUUUGGUUACAAUUCUGUAAUGAGGGCCAUGGAACAAGACCGUGUUGCUGCCAUCUUGCUGGAGAAAAACGUAAAGCCCAAUUUUGUCACCAAAGCCUUCCUGCCUGGCUGUGCCAAGAAAUGCAUUCCACUGGUUCCCCUGACUGAUCUUGAGAAGGUACUGCGGGACAAAGAGACUCUAGCACUACCCCACACAUGCAUGGCACUUGGGCUGAAACCUUCUGUCAAGGAUGAGUCAAACCUUUUCUAUCAACUGUAUACAAAAGUGUGUGAAGCUCUUAGUGUUGAGGAGUGCGAUGGAGACAGUAGUGAAGAUGAAGAAGAUUGUGGAGAAGUUCCUGACACUGAUACGGAGGAAAAGGAGAGGCCAAAGCCUUCAGAUCAACCCACUGAAGUGGACAUUAGUUCCUGUCAUCUGAAACGAAGCAACAUUAAGGGUAGGCGUGCUUUCAUUCCAGGCAUGAAAGAGCUACAGAUGAAUGAGUCAAACUUAGAUGAUGAUUUUUUGAGCUUUGGCACCAUGCAAAAUCAGCAGGAGCUACUUAAAUUGCAAGCCAGCACUACAAAGCCAAAUAAGGCAUCUGAGAAUCUCCAAACAAUACCUGCAGUUGAUGAAAAUAUAGACUUCAGCAGCAUGAUUCUCCUUGAUGCUUCAGGGGAUCAGAAUCCACUAGUCAAAAAGUCUAAUGCAGAGAAGCUUGCAAAAAACAAAGGGAAGGUAAAGCAAAAAAGAAAAAAGCCAGACUCUGAUCCUUAUGUUCCUGCCAAAACUAAGCUACUGAAAGGAAACCCUAAUAGGAAAGGCAGAGUCAUGUAAUGCCAUGUUCAGUUCCAGGGAAGCUGUGCUGCUCUAGGCUAUUUAGGGAGUCACAACACCCACCAGCACCAAUAUGAUUCUAUGCACUUGAAUUUACAAUAUCUCAUUUUAUCAUUGUAAUAAUGACUUGACUUUAUCCCCCAGGACAUUAUUAAUUAUUUAAAUGUGUUAUCUCAUUUAAGGGUCGCAAUGAUUAUAAUUUCUACAUUUUCUUACGUACUUUGGUUAACACGAAUUUGUGUUCAAGAAAUUAGUUGAAUGAAAACCUGUAUUAAUUUUGGGUUUUGUUAAGUAUAAGUACUGAAUAAAGAAACAUGUUAAUGCAA